UACUGACGUAUCAGAAGUCGAAAAAGACGAAGUAUCAAGUAUAAGAAAUGGAAUCACAAGUUGCCGAGCAAGAUAGUUCCAACCCAGUCAAUGCGAUGCAAAAUGUUAUCAAGAGUGUGAACUCUUUAUAUGGUGUACCUUGGGUGGGCGAAUACAGUGUUGCGAGAGGAGAAGGAGAGUGCGGCUAGUCUGAGAGACUUCCAAGACGGGCGACUGCUCUGCCUCCUCGCAGACAUCCUCACUAAGUCUAGUCUCACCCCCAAAUGGCACAGUGCAGAUAACACUCACUCCAAGCAACAGGCAAAAGAGGUGAUUGAAAAUCUCUUUGACUACCUGCGAUGCGAGGGGGCUGAAGUUGAUGUCUCCUCUGAAGAAAUCAUGAAAGCUGAAGAGACUGCAGUGCUGGACAUCUUGUGGAUCCUCAUGCUCCACUUCUGCAUCUGCGACUGUGAGCUGGAACCAGAGGAGAAGUGUCUGGCUUACGGGAAGUUGUGGCUGAUGGACUGGAUUGUGGAAAUCAUGCCAGAAUGUGGCGUCAAUCCUGAGAAAGAUGAGUUACAAACAGUGUUUAAAAGUAGUCACAAUUUAGCGAUGUUGAUUGACAAAGUGUGUCCGGAUUCGGCGGCCAGAUCAAAACCGGAUAAGCCCCUGUUGAAUCUCACUUAUGCUCUCAUGUUCGCGGAGGAUAGACUCAGCAUGUCUCAGAAUAUACUGAAGGCCAAUGAAGUGAUUGACGGCGUAUGUCCAGACUAUGCUCUGGUUAUAUACACGGCUCUGCUGAAACGCAAGUACGAUAUUCUUAACCACAGUGAUAGCUCAAGUAGUCAAUUUGGUCGAAGAAACAAUUUGUUCAGCGAUAAAGAAAUUAUUCUCGAAGAAAGAUCGAAGGAGGAUCUUCUAGACGGAGCGGAGCAGAGUCGGAAUUUAGAGGAGGAUUUAGACGAUGAUGAGAAAGACCGAACUGGGAAUUUGGAACUGAGGUCAAAAAGUCUGUUAGAUGAAGUAAGCAGCGACAAACACCUUUCAAUGGUGAACGAACCCAGUCGAGGAGACGAGGACGAAAUCGACGGAGAAGGUGACGAAUACGUUUUGAUUGGAGACGAAGCAAGUCCAGAUUUAGAAAGUGAAUUCAAAGAUGCGGCCACAAAUAAUGAAGGGAUGCCUUUGAGUUCCGGCGAUGUUCAUACCAAAACGGGGACGCCUGAAAGAACGGAACACUCUGAGAGAAUGUUAGCCAAGGGAUCAAUCGAGAGUGUAAGUGGAGCGGGAGGCAAUAAAUCCUUCGAACCAUUCAGUGACUCCGCUGCUAAUGAACUACAAACUGAAGUCUAUCAACCGAUUAAAGUGGAAUCGAAACCUCCACUGUCAGAUGUCGGAGAAGAUGAAAUAAUAGUCGUUCCCGAAGAUCAUCGUCGGGAACUUGAGUCGGCACCUGUCAGUGUUUCUACGCCUCUUAAUGUCCAAGCGAGAUUCGGAGAUAACAUGACUAUGUCUUCCGAGAAACCAGGUCCAGCUAGCUUUUCGACCAAGGUUUCAACGGAGCGCGAGACUAACCCAUUUUCUUCCAGUGGAAUGGCGUCAUCGAAAAAGGAAAACGAAUAUCUAAAACAUACAGGAGGUGCAACAUACACUGAAUUUACACAUGUUUCUUCCAACAAAGCUAUUGAUACGUCAGAUGAAGAUAUAGGAACUUUGAAGUCAGAAGCGCCCGUUUCUAGAAAUGUGGACCUAUCCCCGACUCGAAAUGCAGGAAUUAAGAAGAAAUUUAACAAAGCCGAAGAGUUAAAAGAAGGUACGAAUGAGUCAAAUGAAAGCAUCGGACCUAUUGGCUUAAGUGAGCGAAACAAAUAUGAGUGUAAGCUCAAUCAAACCGAAGUGUCCGCAAACGCUGAAGUUAUGAGAGCAGAAUUGAUUCCCGCGGAGAUCUCAGCUUCCGAAAUCACGACUGAUGAAACUGUGACAGGAAAGUAUGCUUUGUUGCCGGGCCGACCAACUGUUUUGAAAAUGAAGGAAAAGGAAAUACCGACAAUCAAACGAUCGACAUCACCGACGAACGUUUCGGAGCAUGGAGUUACUGUUAAGAGAUCUCACAGUAGAACUACAUCCACCGCUACUCCCGUGUUUGAAUCUGAACAACAACAGCAGCAAGAGAUCGACCAGGACAUGGCAAAUCGGAAAGCAGGACCGGGGUUAACUUCUGGUCGGUCCUCUCGAAGGGGAAGUUUUGACAGUUUUAGCUCCGAAUCAAUGUUCCACGGUGUGGCAACGCAGGACAAUGAGGGUCUAAACCAAGGAAGCGUCAAUGGGUCAUUGAUUCGCGAAUCGGCGCACGGAACUCCCGUGCAUAUGAUUGGAGUCCGAGCAUCGCCAUCUAAUGAUCCAUUAUUUCAACUGCUGGAUAACAUAUCGAAACGCGGCGAGUCUUUGAGAUCCGCUGUCAACGAUAAUCAAAUGAGCACCCAGACAUUGCAAAAUAUUGGAGACCAGGACAUGUCAAGGAUGGAAGCCUUGAAUGGAAUUGUAACGAAUUUGGAAACUCAAAUAGAAAUUCUAAGCAGUGAAAAUGAGAGGCUGAAAUCCGAAAUUCAGCGAGUCGAGAUUUCAAGCAUGGAAGGGCCGAUGUAUAAAGAGUCAGUAUCUCUGAACGCUCAAGUUGAAUUUUUAGACGGCGAGUUAGCCAAGUACAAAUCAGAGAAUGAGAAUCUGAAAUUGCAAAUGGACGCACUAAGAGACAGCUUUCUCAAGCAAGAGCAAAUUCUCCGUAUUCAUGGUAAAAACAAGUCGGGUGCUUCAUCUGUGGUUUCCAAAGGUUUUUCACAAUUGGAACCAUUAAUGGAAGGAAGCCACGAAAGCCUGGAUAAAUCAAUUAGCUCCUCGAGAAGAACUCCGCGUGCAAGCACUGCAGAGGACCCGUUGGCACUUAAGGAGGCAGAAAUAGCUCAACUUACGCUUGAAUUAGAAGAAGUUUUGGAAACUAAUGACGUUGUUAUCGAGGAACUGGAACGUGUAAAAACGUUGUUCACAAGAACUCAAAUUGAGGAAAUCAGGUCAAAUUUGGACGCUGAAAUCGAGAAAGCGAAGAAAGGGGAAUCGGAACACCCGCAACAGACCUUGGAGGAAUUGGCGGUGACAAUUCAGCGCCUCGAAGAAUCAGUCGCAGCUCAAAGCAGCUCUUACAAAUUAAAUGGAGGCAUAAUGGAUCCGUUAAACUACAAGAAAUCAAGCUCAAGUGCUGCUUUAAUCGAAAUAGCUACUGCUAGAAUGAGGCGAAAGCUGAAUUCAGACGCUGCUGUCCAGAACUAUAGCGGCCAAGUUGACCAAUAUCAACGUCCCCCGGAAAGCACAGAAUUUGAAAGUCUCAUGAAAACUUCCUCAUUUACACCUUUGGAAGCUAGUCCCGCUGUUUCUGAGUUAGGGAGUACGUUGCCACGUAGUAGGGAACGACCUUAUUCGGCACCGCAGCAUAAACUACAUAGGUCUAACUUGAUUCGACCUGUCGCACAAUCGGUGACGAUAUCAUCCCCGACCCCGGAAUUGAAGCGAAGCACUGUGUCGCUGCCUGCUGCAUUCUCACCGGAAAAUUCACCGAGGACACUUUCGAAGGAAUCUCUAAGAUACAGUAACCAUCAACUCCUGGACGCUCAGGUGCAAACUAACCUGUCAGUAAGUUCACAAUAUGAGCCCUCAAAGUUGUCGAUGUCGACCCAGACUCAGGUGAAAGAAGAUCAGAAGCGUUCGAAUGGUUACCCGCAGAUGGGAUUCACGGCACCUUAUCCCUACGGUACAGAUAUCACUGGCACACUUCCUCGUCAAGUUUUCCCAAAUGUUGCGGUUCAAACAACCAAUCAAGUGGAAGGAGCCAUAGAAACGUUGCCUUAUGAUGCGUUGAGGAGUUACACUAGGAAUUUAUCUAUGGACGCGGUGCACGGAGGAGUUACCGUACCUAAUGCUUACCCUAAUCAGUGUGCAUUCAAUCAGGGCCAAGCUCAAUCUUUUGCUUGUGAGCAAGAUCAUGUACCGGAUAGACAACACUUCAGCCACGCACCCACGAGAGAUCAUGAAGAACAAAGUCGUAUUUACUUUCACGAUAGAGGCUCAGCUGCGCCUCAGCAAAACGGGCCAAAUAUGACUCAAUUGUUAAAUAGAAGCUUCGAGAACUUCGAAACCGCUGUUCGCACUGAAGCUCAAAGUUCAAUUCCAGGACGAUUCUAUCCUUCAAUGUAUGGCCAGCAUAAUUAUUAUAUGGGCAAUAGUAAUCCAAACAUUGCUGCUCUGAACCAAGGUCUGUCGUAUGACAUGCGAAAUACAAUUUCUUCAAUUGUCCAGGACGAGGUUCAAAGAGCUAAAGACGAUGAGUUAAGAGGUCAAAGCGUCAUUUUAAACGAGCUUGCGUUGCGAUCAGCGCAGCGGAAUCAGCCGCAACGUUCAGCUUAUGAGUUUGUAGCUCCUAGGAAUGAAUAUAUUCCACCCAUUGAAGAACUGGUGAUGAAGCGAUACAGAAAUGAUUCUGAGUGGAAAAUACCGCCUUCCAACAUUGAAGAGCUUCUAAAAGAAUACGGAAUCGAAAGACGAAAACCGAAGACAACGAAGUCUUUCGACAAACGAGCUUUUAUGCAGUCGAACCUUGAACACAACAAUUUCGGAUCAGGAAGUUACGAACGUGAGAUUGGCAGUGGGCACUGGGCGAAUGAUCGAAAUCUCAGAUCGUCUUACAACGAGCAUGAAAGUGACGAAUUAUGCGUUCCAGAACGAGAGAGGUAUUCGAAAAACAGUUUUUCGGCCAGAAGAGAUUUCGUUUCUGAUCGAAGCAAUUCGCCACCCGAAAGAGAACGAAGUUGUUCAAGUCCUCUGAACAGAUCUAAUUUGUCUCCGUAUGAAUUUAUUAAUUCGGUGCCUGUGAAGCUUAAUUUCAAAAGACCUCCACUUGUGUGGGGAAGUGGAAGUUAUAGAUAGUUGUAUAGCAAAUAAUUGUCUUUAAUUCGACUCUUUGCUGUGCAAAAAAGUUCAGUCUAAUUCAACUCACUUCUGUCUUAAUUUUCCAGAUAAUUUCUUAUUGAAGAAUUUUCAUUGUACAUAGCUGUUAUUAGAUAUCAAGUUUUUAAUGUGUUUAUAUGUAAAUAUGAUGUGAGUUUUGACAUAAUCUU